CAUUUCAUCACAAAAAGUCAUAACACAGACUUGAAACAACCACCGUAACCCUCCGAUCCAUCAAAAAUGUCAUCAUUUGCGACACCUUCUUCUCUGUCCUCCUUCCCACCAAAGUCCAACUCAAGAGCCCUUCCCCAGCUCCCAACCCAAACCCAACUCAACCCUCUCUCAGUAACUGUGUUCUUGCCUGUUACAUCUCUGCGUAUACUCUUGUACUUUCCUAUUUAUUUUUCGAGAUCUGGGCUUCUCUGCAACACCAGGAGCCAUUGAAUUACCUCCAAAUUACACUAAUGUCUUCUUUUUUAUUCGAGAGCAUGAAACCUCUGCUUUACUUCAAAAAUGUUGGGGGUAGAUUUCAAGUUUUAUCAGAAACUCUUUCACAGUUUGUUUCGGAAUCCAUGGCUACAACGGAUUGUGGCGAUACAAAAUCCGACGAUUGCAGAGACGAAUCAGAUGCUCUGGUUCUUAAGGUGAUCGCUAUUGCAGCAAUUCUAACGGCCGGUGUUAUUGGUGUCGCAACCCCUCUUAUCGGAAAGAAACGUAGCUUUUUACGCACAAAUGGAGACGUAUUCGUCGUCGCGAAGGCUUUAGCGGCGGGAGUAAUUCUGGCGACUGGAUUUGUUCAUAUGCUUCCUGACGGUGCGUCUGCGCUAUCCGACCCUUGCUUGCCUAAAAAUCCAUGGUCAAAAUUCCCCUUCUCUGGGUUCAUCGCCAUGAUUGCUUCGCUGAUCACGCUUAUGUUCGAUUUCGCUGGAACUCAGUUUUACGAGAGGAAACAGGAGCAGGAGAACAUACGAGUGAUCGAUGAAGUCGGAUUGGACGGGUCUUUGGAAACGAUUUCUGGUGCUGGAAUCUUUCCGGUGACAGUGACGGUGACGGAGAAGGAGACGGAAGGGAGGAAGGUGAUCGGGGAAGAGGAAGGAGGAGGGAUGCACAUCGUUGGGAUCCACGCCCAUGCGGCGCAGCAUAGGCAUAGUCACCCGCAUGGGCAGCACGCGGAAGGGGAAGCCUCGCACGUGCACUCGCAUUCGCACGGGUUUGGAGAGAGUGACGAGGAGGAAGGUGGUGUGAGUGUGAGGCACGUCGUCGUCUCACAGAUACUGGAAUUUGGGAUAGUGUCGCACUCGGUGAUAAUAGGACUAUCGCUGGGCGUGUCGCAGAGUCCAUGCACUAUAAGGCCAUUGGUGGCGGCGCUGUCGUGCCAUCAGUUCUUCGAAGGGUUUGCACUGGGAGGUUGCAUCUCCCAAGCGCGGUUCACUACGCUGUCGUCCACGCUGAUGGCUUGCUUCUUCGCUAUCACGACUCCUGCAGGGAUCGGGGUGGGGACUUGUCUGGCUUCAUUCUACAACCCCAACAGCCCAAGGGCGCUUGCAGUGGAAGGCAUAUUGGACUCCAUCUCUGCUGGGAUCCUCGUCUAUAUGGCUAUGGUCGAUCUCAUCGCCGCCGAUUUCCUCAGCAAGAGGAUGAGAUGCAACUUCCGUCUCCAACUCGUCUCCUAUUUUGCACUCUUCCUCGGCGCUGUAUUGAUGUCUUCUCUCGCAAUCUGGGCCUGAAUGUUUUCUUCUUCAUUCAUUUCAAUUUUCUUUGUUCAACACAAAUGCCAAAGUUAGAAUAAUUAUUUCUCCCAUUUCUCACGUUGAGCAACUGUGGAAGGAAUCUGCAGAUUUAAAGACGGAGAGGUAGGGAAUUUCUUCUCUUAUUUUCCAUUAGUCCUCUGUAAUUUUAUUUGUACAUUAUACCAGAUCAUUGGGUUACUGUA